AUGGCUACGCAAAAUACCCCAAAUCGAAUGAUCCUGGUCAGUGUGCCUCGCACGGCCUCCAAUCUUCUCCUGAAGGUUUUGAACAUCCCCAAACAACCAAAUGUGAUCACAAGCCCUAAGGGCGGCUACUUUUUCUACGAUGCCUUCAUGACGGCCGGCAAAGAUGGCCGUCUCAACAAAGCCAUAGGCGAAUGGACCACAGAAGAAAAGUCCGAAGUCCACAAAGCCUUCCAACACGCCGUCACCGACCUGGAAGAAUAUUCGGCGCGCGCCCGCGCCGAGAAUAAAAUGAUGUUCGCCAAAGAGCACGCCUUCUGGUUCCUAAACCCAGGAUUCUUCUCCGGCAUGACCCACGGCGCCGUAUCCGACGAAGACCUCAAGUCUUUCCAAGUUACUGUCCCCGAAUCAUACGGGUCGUCGCAGACCUUCUCUCAAAACAACAGCACAGUCUUACCGGACGAAUAUCUGCGCACAUGGCAGCUUGCCUUUAUCAUCCGUCACCCGGCACUCGCCUGGCCAUCCCUGUACCGCGCCAUGCAGAAGAUGUGCAAAGCCGGAUUCCUCGAAGAUGACGACGCAAAGGGUGUUAGUCUGACGAAUAUGAGUAUGCAGUGGACGCGCCGGCUUUUCGACUGGUGUCUCGAACAACCAGAUGCACCCGUCACGCCGCUUGUCAUCGAUGCAAAUGAUGUGAUUCAUAAUCCCGGUGCUGUGAUUAAAUUCUGCGAGCGCGCUGGUAUGGAUACUGGAUCCAUGCAGUUCGAGUGGAAGGACAAUGAGAGGCAGUCGGAGACUUGGACUCCUGAUCGUGCGAGCGCGCAUAAUCCUGCCAAGUUGGCUAGGGAGCAGAAGGCGGCUGCGAUCAUGCUUUCGUCUUUGGAGGGCUCGACUGGAAUCAAUAAAGAGAAGGCACCGACAUCCAUUGAUAUUGAUGCUGAGGUCGUUAAGUGGAGGGCUGAGUUUGGUGAUGACGUUGCUGAAUUGCUUGAGAAGGCUACUCGGGAUGCGAUGCCUGACUAUGAGUACCUCAAGGCUAACCGAGUCACGGUAUAG